CUCUGGCUUUCCCCUCAUCCUGGAGAACGGGCGGAAGAUGGCUUGCCUCGCACGUGUCUCCAUCCUCUCCCUCCUCUGCCUGGCCGUCGUCGCACGUGCCGAAUUCACCUUCGAUGAAGGUAAUCCCAUCGGACUGGUAACAGAUCUUCAAUCGCCUCUCAUCCAAGUCCUCGGCAACACGCGUCAUGCCCUCAAGUUCGCACGCUUUGCUGCCAGGUAUGGGAAACGGUACAACUCGGUGGAAGAGAUAAAGCACAGAUUCGGCAUAUUUGUAGAGAGUUUGGAACUCAUCCAUUCCACCAACAGGAAAGGCCUGUCUUACAAGCUAGGUGUUAAUAAAUUUGCCGAUAUGAGCUGGGAGGAAUUCCGGUCACACCGUCUGGGUGCGUCACAGAACUGCUCUGCCACCAAGGGAACACAUAUGCUCACCAGUGUCGUGCUCCCAGAAACUAAAGAUUGGAGAGAGGAUGGCAUUGUCAGCCCUGUUAAAAACCAAGGCCAUUGUGGAUCUUGCUGGACGUUUAGCUCUACUGGGGCGUUGGAGGCAGCCUACACUCAGGCGACAGGGAAGCCCAUAUCCCUAUCGGAGCAGCAGCUGGUGGACUGUGCUGCAGCAUUCAACAACUUUGGCUGCAAUGGCGGGCUACCUUCGCAAGCAUUUGAAUACAUCAAGUACAAUGGCGGCCUCGACACCGAAGAAUCGUACCCUUACGCCGGCGUCAACGGGCUAUGCAAGUUCAAGCCGGAGAAUAUCGGUGUCAAAGUCGUGGACUCAGUUAACAUUACUCUGGGCGCUGAAGAUGAGCUGAAGCAUGCGGUGGGAACUGUCCGUCCGGUGAGCAUUGCGUUCCAGGUGGUGGGCGGUUUCCGAUUGUACAAGAAAGGAGUUUACACCAGCAAUACCUGCGGCAGCGAUCCGAUGGAUGUGAACCAUGCCGUCCUGGCUGUUGGUUAUGGGGUGGAGAAUGGCGUCCCGUACUGGCUCGUCAAGAACUCAUGGGGGGGUGAUUGGGGCAACAAUGGCUACUUCAAGAUGGAGAUGGGAAAGAACAUGUGUGGUGUUGCUACAUGUGCAUCCUACCCAGUCGUAGCUGCCUAAGUGAGGGACAGUGGAUUCUUGCUGUGGUUGAUUUGGGUUUUACCUAUCAAAGAAAUACUUGCUAUAGUUGCUUUCCCAUUUACGUAGAAAAAUUGGUAAGGAAUGAAAAAAAAAAACAGAUAAUUUUCUAGGAAACAUAGUAAGUGGUUGAUGUUAUUGUAAUUAAGGGUUGUUGAAAGGAUCUUUUGUUGUUGCGUA